CCAAGACUCCAUUCUCAAAUUCCCCCGACUGGUCGCCUGUAGCUGUUGUUGCGCACGGCGUGUAUUGAUCAUCUCCACUCUCUUCUUCAAUUGGACUGACCCUCGUCCUUUUCUCUCCGGUUUUGUACCCUCUGACCGCCGUCCUUGAUUCGUCCCCGUUCUCGCCUUAUCCGCGCCAUACAAAAUCACCAUGUCGUCCUCCCGUGUUGGUCUUCGUUUCUUCCAGAACACCAGAGCUGCUUUCCGCAACGCAUAUGGCCCUUUCCGUCGGCCUGGUGCCCAGGGCUUCCGCUUCCAGAGCUCCGAUGCUGCGGCCGCUGAGCAACAGAGCACUUUCCAGCGUCUAUGGAACAGCCCGGUCGGUGUGAAGACGGUGCAUUUCUGGGCCCCCGUUAUGAAGUGGGCUCUUGUCAUCGCCGGUAUCUCCGACUUUAGCCGCCCUGCCGAGAAGCUGUCCCUUACUCAGAACGGUGCCUUGAUGGCCACUGGUUGCAUUUGGACUCGCUGGUGCAUGAUCAUCACCCCCAAGAACUACCUGCUCGCUGCUGUCAACUUCUUCCUCGGAUGUGUCGGUGUUGUCCAGGUUGGCCGCAUCAUCAACUACCGCCGUAGCGUUGAUGGCUCGACCACCGCCGCCGUGAAGGAUCUGGAACAGGAGGUGGCCGACGACGCCAAGGCCGUUGCUACUCAGGCGAAGGCUGCAGUCGAGAAGUCUACCUAAACAACUCUUAUUCAUUGACAAGGAUUGCGUAAAGAGCAGCCUAAGCGACAAUAGAUUGUCUUGGCAUUGGUGAGUAGGCUCAUAGAGCAUAUUAUGAGAUGAAGUUGGCUGGAGGCGACUCCGACUUAUAUAUGUACAUAUUCCCUUAUAAAUUGCAUCGACAUUCCUCUUUG